AAACAGCGAGGCACGAGGUGACUGUGUUUUCCUAGCUGCCAUCUUGGUAAAUCGACCUCGUGAUGUCUGUACAACAACCUUCAGAGAACGAUGUAUGGGCUUUGCUUUCGCUCAAGUCAGCGCCAGCAAGCCCUUCGAAUAUUCAGUGGGCCCCAGAGCCCAAAGGAACAUCUAUUGCUCGUCUGGAAGGGAAGGAUUUCAAGUUUGAUAUGAGGAAAACACGCGUUACAAUUGGCCGAAAUAGCAGCAAGGGCGAUGUUGAUGUAAACAUGGGGCAUUCGAGCUUCAUAUCGCGAGUCCACCUGGAAAUCAACUUUGAACUUCCAAACUUUUUUAUGAAAUGCAAUGGCAAGAAUGGCAUCUUCAUCGACGGUAUCUUUCAACGGAAAGGAGCGCCGCCUUUGCAGUUACCCAGAUCGUGUGUUCUGAGAUUUCCAAGCACAAACAUCAAGAUUAGUUUCCAGUCACUAGUUGAGGAUGAAGUAAAUCAGCCAAUUUUGGAACCACCGCCUCCAUCCAGUCCGCCAAAGAAGAAGGUUCUUCCUCAGCUAAAAAUAAAUAUCCCAGAGGCAAAUCACAGUAUUCAAAACAGCCCCUGUCUAUCACCUACAGGAACAAUAAGUGCUGCAAACUCUUGCCCUACUAGCCCAAGGUCUGGGGCAGGACGUAUGAUUGGCAUGUCAGACAUUCAGAUGGCCGCCCUGUCGGCGGCUGCACAACAUCACCGCCAGGAGGCAGAGAAAGACAACAUGAACAUUAACCAGCUUGCUACGCCUCCAUCUGCUACUUCAGAAAUUAGUGUUAGAGAUGAAUCAAAACCACCUUACUCAUAUGCACAGCUUAUAGUGCAAGCAAUAACCUCAGCUGUGGAUAAACAAUUGACUCUUAGUGGAAUAUAUGCGUAUAUUACCAAGAACUAUCCAUAUUAUAGGAAUGCUGACAAAGGUUGGCAGAACUCCAUUCGUCACAACUUGUCACUGAAUAGAUACUUUGUAAAAGUAGCCAGAUCUCAAGAGGAGCCAGGGAAAGGGUCAUUCUGGCGCAUUGAUCCAGCAUCUGAGGCAAAACUUACAGCGCAAGCUUUCAGGAGACGGCGGCAGCGAGGUGUCCCAUGUUUCCGGGCUCCCUUUGAAAGUCUUUCAUCAAGGUCUGCCCCUACCUCUCCUAGUCACAUGGGUGGAGCAUACACCCCUGACAGCUUUUCACGAGAGGGAAGCCCUACUCCUGAUGAUGAGAUGGGCUCCACUCUGACCCCUCCUAUGGGCACCACUGUGCAUCGAGCCCAGGCCAUGCUACCUCCUUCUGCCACUGACCUCCGAAUAAGUCAAUCUGCGCCUGGCUCUCCAGCCACUCAAGUUUUGCAGGGAACUGGAGUGUUUACACCGGUGAGCCUGACCCAGUCAACAGCAUACGGUAUGUCUCCCUCCACUGGUGCGGCACUCCACCAGCUUCCAUCCAUGAUCAGCAAGCCCAAGGUGAUCGUCACCAACGGAGCCCAGGUUGUUCUUAAUGGCCCCUCUGGUCUCCAGGCGCUCUCCAAUGGGGCAACUCAUGUGGAAAUUAAAAAAGAUCCUUCUUCACAAAAUCCAGCUCUUGCAGAGAAGUUGCAAGCAGUUGUACCAAUAUCCAGCAGCCAGAUGGUGCGACCAGUGACCCUGGUGGCCAACAUGUCAGGGCAGGCAGGGAACACAGCCCUACAGUCGACAGCCUCCCCACAGCAGCUAGCAGCAGCCGCCCAUGCUGGACAGCAAGCAGCACACCAGCUCAUGUCCGCUCUGGCUGCACAAACCACCACAGUCUCUAAUGCCCCCACCUCUGGAUCCUACAAUCAGGUAAGCCAGGGAGCGAUGAGCAGCCAGGGUGGUCUGACCUUACUUUCCCAGUCUGGGGUUCAACUUGUACAGCACGCAAUGGCCCAGGUCGGGGGUGGGGCAACCCAGGUCAGCCUCCAGGCACUACAGCAACACCUCCAACAGCAGGCACACCAACAGGCACAGCAGCAGGCGGUUCAACAGGCUGCCCAGCAACAGCUACAGCAGCAAUUACAGCAACAACUGCAGCAACAAGCCACAUCAAUUGCAAGCCAAUCAGUUCUGGUUAGUGCAUUAACAAAUGCACCUGCAGUGUCAGUAACGACUAAGAGAGCUCUGGAGGAACACAUUGAAUGUAGAAAUGCUGGGGACGAGCCAACUAAUAAACACAUUAAGACAGAUAUAAUGACUGAACAAACAGGAGAUGCCAAAGAGUGAGGGAUUUUCUUUGUAACAAUCAACAGGGGGUUAAGAUUGAUGGAACUUGCACCAUUGACAUUGGACUGUUAUAUCAAAGAAUUGCACAAGGAGUAAAGGAAGGGUUUGAGUGAAUGUUACAGAACCAAAUGUGUAUGAAGUACAGAAUGCCAUAUUGAUUAGGCUAAUGGUGUUCAUUUGUACAACACAUAGGUUACCUUAUGGAUUGCAUUGUUGAUAGAAACAUAAGACAAAAGACAUCAGCAAAAGAAAAGUUAAUGGAUCACUAGAAAUUUUCCCAUUUAGUGGAAAUCAUUGAUGGAAAUGUAUACAAUAAAUGAAAAUACAUGUAUGUGGAAUGCUACCGUUAAUUUCUAACUGACAUUAAUCAAGGUAAAUUUAAGUUGUUAGAUCGAUGGUUAAAACUAGUUAAAAAACUUACCAGUUUCACCAUUUGGUAUGUACAUUUUGCCUUUGCUUGAUGUUCAGUUUGUAUUUGUUUUAAGUGUACUUCAUGAGGAGGACUGCUAUAGCCAUUGAGCAACAAGUGGAAUAUAGGGUGCAGUUAUAUGUGAUAUAUGGGCAAAAUGUAUAAUUAUGGAGUUGUUGCCAAUAUUUUAUGGCUUAUUAAUGUUGGUGAGAAACUUUCCUGAACACCCAUUGUAGGAUAAUGUUGGUCUGAUUAGUUGAACUCGACUAUAAACCAGUUAACAUUUUUUUUUCUUUUUGUAAACUUAAUCACAAUGUUCAUUCUUCCCGUUUGAAAUACGGCAUAUUUUCUCAAACUUAACUCUUGAGUUCAGAAUACAGUGUUAGUUAACAUUAGGGAUGGAGAACGUUUGCUUAAGAAUAAACUUACAAUACUUUGCUGUGUUAUGGUUAAAGACAUAAAAUGUCAUACAAAACGUGGCUCUUGUAAGUAGGUGUUUUACUGGAUUAUAGAUAGUUUUAAUGAACAUGUUUGUAUUAUGGUAUACAUUGUAAAUGCUAUAGAUGUUUAAUUUGGCAGCUUUGUUAAUUAUGUGCUAUGUUUUGUAACUUAGUUGUUGAUGUUUACAGCAAUGUUUAAUGAUUAUGUUUAGGAUUUUCAAAUUAUUUAUUAACCAUUUUCUAAUUUCUUUCACAUCAAUAAUCAUAACAGAAUCAAUCUCAGUGUUGAGAUUGUUGAUAAUAAUGAGCCGGAAUAAAUGUCAGUAAUAGGAGUGUAUUGUAAUAUACGUAUGCUGUAUAAUUUAUUUUUGCAUUUUACUUCAUUGGAACAAACCAGACAAAAUGAUGUUCAAGUUUAACGUUUUAGUUAAAAUGAUUCAAUCCAAAUGUUUGCAUGUAUAAUUAGUUUUUCUAUUAAAAAGCAAAACAAAUUUAAGGGUUGAAGAAAUUGUAUUCUUUGGAAAUGUCUGGUUUGUUUAAACAGGGGGUAAAUAUUUAAGGAUCUAAGGAUUUAAUUCAUCAAAAUCACAAACUUGGAAUUGCUGCUCUGGCCAUAAAUGUAUGGUUUAGUGUUGAGAUGUUUUUGUAAGCAGGCCUGGUAUUCAUUGAGUUACAUGUUCAAUGCUGAUUUGCUGUUUAUUUAACCGUAAAUGAUCUCAAGAAAAACUGGCGUGCUUCUCUUUAAUCAGCCAAACUUGAAUUCACAGAGAUCUUAGAGUCAUUUUCAUGUCUCAUCAAAGAAAGAGGGAAGUGUGAAUAGCUAGUUUCAUCUCAUCUCAUUAACAUGAAUUGCAGUUAAAACAAUACCAUGAUAAUCAUUAUCAUGGUUUCAUUCAUUGUUAAACAUUAUCACAAUUUAAUAAAUCAUUGAUUGAUGGAAUUUACUUAAUCAGAUCGUAGUGUGAAGGGCUAGAUCAUGGUAUAAAGGGCCAUGACCUGGUGUAAAGGAUUGUGAUUGUAGUGUAUAGGGCCGUGAAAAGAUAUCAACUAUAAAUCACGGUUCUUCAUCAUAGUUACAGUAUUUAUAAAUAAGUAUGCGGACAGUCUUGCAAUGAACGUUUGAAGUCAUAAGUGCUAUUUUUGGAUUAUGAAAGUGUGUCAUUGUGUGUUAUGUUUGAAUAGGGCAUGAUAAAAAUGUUGAAUUAUUUUCAUCCACUGCAUAAACUUGAAAGUUAACCAAAAAAAAUCAACAGAUUUGUUCCCCUUAUAAUUUCCAUGAAAUGACAAAAGAAUUUGAUGUCUUUGAUCAAUUUCUGGUCUUUAAUUAAAUAACUGUUAACAAUAUUGCCCUAUGUGUGUUUUUUAUGCUUUUCCUUUUCUCAUAUCUGUAAUUUAUAUCAACCUCUUUUCAUUUAAACAAGAGCAUUUGUUAUGCCUUUGGGCAUGUAAACAGUGUUUUUUUCCUGCAUUUUAUGCCGAAUUUUAUCAGUAAAGUUGAACAACAGAUUGAUUAUGUUUCAGUUACAGUAUAUGUGUAGACUUUAAAGACAGAAAGUUUUUAGUCCAGAAAUUCAAACAUGGAUUUAAUUGCUGCUUCUAUGGAUGAUGGCACUGAAAAGUGGAACAGCAUCUUGCAUUUUUGUCCUAAGUUUUGUUGUAUAGGUUCUGACAGUCAUAAAAAAAUAAGAAUAUACCGUUAGACUUUGUUUAUUAAAUUAUAUCAUAUUAGGAUUAUUUCAAAUGUGCAAUUUCCUGGGAACAAGUUGUUAAUUAUAUGAUCAUAUGUUGACCCAUCACUCGGGAUAUCCCUGUUUCCAUCACCAUUUUAUGUGUGUUUUAUGUUUUAGAUUUCUUAGAGCCGGUUUGCUUAGAAUGUCAGUAUUCAAUUUUUACCUAUACUCUUAAAGUCAUUGCAUUAUAUCAUGUAUCAACAAAAGUGACUGCGAAUUAUGUAUAAUAAUUAAAACAUUUGGCAAUGCUUUUGUUCAUUUCAAAGGCACAUUUCAUUGUGUUGUUAGACUGUAAAAAAUAUUGUAUUUCAAUGAUGUUAUUUUUCUGUUUCCAUAUAUUGUUGUCUUUGUUUUGAAGGCAACUGUACUGAAUAAAUUGAAAAAAAACAUUA